GUCCAAUAGAAGAGGUUUGACUAGCAGGAGAAUAUAAGUGCAGGUUUGGUUUAGUCAGCAAAUCAGACUGCUUAAAUAUCAACCACAUCAAGUAUAACUGCAGAUUAUUGGUGUGUAUGGGACAGCAUCUUUUUCCAAAAUGUUGCAACUUAUUCUGAUUCUCUCUGGAGUCUAUACAGUGGGCAUGACCAUGCCUUUACCUGAUUUCUACUCUUACUCCCUGGCUGUUGGGGAUGGCAGUGGGACAGAAUAUUCUACUGCACAUGCGGGUCGCAUCACUGAUAUCAGAGUCUGGGAAUACAGUAGCGCAUACAUUAGUGGAUUCCAGCUGAGUUAUGAUGGUAAUUGGACAACACUGGUUUGUGCAAGCUAUGGCUCUCCGAUGAAGAUGAAACUUCAUGACGAUGAAUCCAUUGUUCAGGUGUCUGGAAAGUAUGACAGUGGCUACAUCUUCGAGCUAAUGUUUGUCACUAAUAAAGGCCGCUCUUUAAAAGUGGGGCAGCCUUCUGGGAUCUCAUUUAACUUCUACCCAACCCAUGAUGGAAGUGAGCUACGUUUUCUCAGUGGUCGACAGAAUGGAUAUGGGAUCACCUCCAUUGGGGCUCACUGGGCUGUCUACUAACACCAUUGCCAACAGUGCAACACCUUAAGACCAUAUUAGUUUAGUUCAACCCCCUUUUCCUUCUUUCUGCCAGCAUUAAAGAAACAACUUUACAUGUAAUCUUUUUAUCUGUAUCUGUAUCUGUUUUUUUUUUUUUUUUUUUUUUAAUUUGUUACUUGAAUAAAGGCAAUUUUUUUUUUUUUUUUUUUUAAUUUUGGUCUAUUCUAUGUUCAGCUGGGUUUUUCUAAAAUAAAUUCUGGAAAUUUUUAUAGCUGCAUAAAUGUAAUUUCUUAUAUUUGAAUUUUCUUAUAUUAUUUGAAUUGCCUUGUCUUAUUAUAUUUCUUAAACAACUGACACUCACGUAUAUAUUUUCUUUUUGUAAUAUGAAGA